CUGGUGCUGAAUCAACACAAAGAGUAGAAUCAAUAAAUGGUGUUCUCAAAAAACAUGUUGAUCGAGGUACUUUGUUGAAAGAACUAGUUAAAGUGAUUGAUCAAGAACUGGAAAAAGAAGCCAGUUAUAAUCGUAUAAGGGACUAUUAUGGAUCAAAUCCAUUGUCUGGCUUGCCUUCUACUCAUAAUACCAUUUUUAAUGCCAUUGACUCAGUAUUGGUUAAGGAGUUCGACAUUGAAGCCAAUGAUGCAAUCGAACAUCUUUUUGAUGUACCUCAAAUUCAAUUAAAAAAUCUUUUAUUGGGGAUAUCAAAUAAUGAAGUGCAAGAAAUUUGGAAUGUUUUUUAUAUUACAAUGACUUCAUCAAAAUCGCAUUAUGUUGUAAUUCUUAAAGAUUCGACAUUACUUUGUACAUCUGUUUUUCAUUUGGGGCUUAUUCAUACAAGGUGGUUUAAAUCAAUUCCAGCUAAUAUGACAGAACAUGUUACAAUAUCUGAAGGAAUUAAAAGUUUUACAUCUACGCCAUUAUAUCAUAUUGGCCGAAUUCGAACUGCUAAUGUAUAUACACCUACUAUCAAAGAAAAU